AUUUAUUUAUCUAUUUAUUUAUUUAUUUAUUAUAAAGAAGUAAGAACUUUUUAUUGUUCUGCCAUCACCUAUUCUCUGUCUAUUUAUAUCUUUUUUUUUAUAAAGUUCUCCUUUUGUUAUCAUUAAUAUUUAAAGAAGAAGGCUACAGUAAACGUAGUCCUAGAAACAAUAAAAAAAUGAUGGCUUCAUUAAUGAGGACAAAACAUUCCAAUAUUGACUUUAAUAUUAUGUUUUAUCCUCAAUAUCAAAAUGAAGAAGGCCGAGUCAUUUGUCAUCCUGGUUCAGUAUUUGAAGGAGUUGUUCAAAUGAAAGUAUUAGCCCCUAUGUCGGUUCAUCAUAUUAAGCUUGUAUUUAAAGCAACUGAAAGAGUCAAUUAUGACGCUAUGGGAUGGGAAAAAUCAAAUUUACAUGAUGAUCGAUUAUUUGCAGUACGUACUAUCCUUUGGGGAUUACCCUCUGGUCUUCAAAUUCCAAUAGAGGACUGGCCUAUCUUGGAACCAGGAGACUAUCAUUUCCCAUUUAUUUGUCAAAUGCCUGUCAUUAAUUUUCCUCCUACCUUUCAUCAUCAUCUUAUUGCUAUUAACUUUCAACUGAUUGUCUCAGUUAAUAAAGCGGGUGAAACAUCCCCUAUCCUCUCAAAACCAGCUCCUGUUUACUUUCAACCCAUUAUUGAAACACUUCCUGUAAAGAAUCAACAAGCCUUUAUUGAAGAAAAUCGACUCACAAAUCAUAUCAUAGCCCAAGUCUCUGUUCCUCGUUUAGCUUAUAAUGUCUUGGAUAAAAAUCAAUCUAUUCCGAUUACUAUACAAUUUUAUCAUUCAGAUUCAUUCAUAGAUCAACAGCAACAGCAACAGUAUUUUUCUAUAUCUCAACUUCGAGCUUAUAUAAAAAGAUAUUAUAACAUUAACUAUAAAACGUUUUCAAGAAGUGAAACAGCUAUCAUUGCAGAUUAUGAUUAUCCUAAAUUACCUACUAUGUGUCCUAGUACUGUGACGAUCAAUUUAGAUUUAUCUAAUCUACAUCCUCGUGAACUUCCUGCAACCUUAAUUUAUUCUCCACAUUUAAAAAUUGAAUAUAAACUUGUCAUCACUGUUAAGGUACGUCAUGGGCCUAUUCAUGUAAAGAAAAAACUUUUCGAUAUGUCUCUUGUCUUUGGUACUUUACCAGCUGGUACAAGAGCGCCUCGACAAUUAGAAUCUUAUUCCGCUAUUGUUGAAAAUCUUGCCUCUAUCCAUUCGAAACCUCAAUUUCUUCGUCCCAUACCUAAUCAAGAAGAAGAAGAACAAGAAGAGUUUUUACCUGCUUAUAAUAGUGAAGUUUUACCACCCGAUUAUCAUGAAGGAGCCACUUCUAAUAACCAUGUACAGAUUGUUGAAAUAUCAAGUUAAAAAAAAAUAAUUAUAAUAUCAUUCCC